AUGAGUCAUCGAGGGAAUUUGAGCAAAAAGUCACGCUUCAACGCGUCAGCACCUCACCGCACUUUAAACCAAGUCUUCAUCAUCUCUACGCAAAGGCGCGACAUCCUACAGUUGAAACAGCCCAAAAUCAAUCCAUCUGAGCCCAUGGCGCGCGGGAAGAAUGUCGAACUCAGCGAGUAUGAGCGCAAACGGCAAGAAAACAUUGCAAAGACCCAGGCUUUGUUGCGCAACCUCGAAAUGGAGGCGGCGCAAGCUGGUCUGGGUCCUACAGGAAAAGCGCAGACGUCAUCUGUUACGAGCAGAGCAAAGUCGAAAAAGCCUGCGCCGAAGAAGAUGAAGGAAGAGGAUCUUGCACCGCGACGGACGUCCUCUCGAUUGAGGGGCAUUGAAGCAGACAGCGAGAAAGCAAAGCGCAAAGCGGAGGAGGAAUAUGUCGCGUUGAACGAGGCGCAUCGUGCAAAGAGGCAACGCGUCAGUGAUGCGUUUAAUUUCAGCGACAUUGUGGUAGCUGGCAAGGACUGGGACAAGAAUGGAAACUUUCUAUCGAUUGGACCUGCGAAUCCGUAUGCGCGCACAUUCGACUAUGACGAUGUUAAAGAGACAACGGACAAGGAGCUUAGAGCACUGAGGGAGAGGAUGAGCGGGCUCGAGCUGUGGGAAGACUUUGAACCAAACGAGAUCAAGAUCACACCGGAGCGCAUCUAUGCGAUGGGCCUACAUCCAACUACAGAUAAACCUCUCGUUUUCGCAGGCGAUAAGCUGGGACAUAUCGGUAUUUGUGACGCGUCUCAGAAAGCGGCUGAGAUCAAGCAAGAAGAUGAUGAAGACGCAGAGCAAGAGGGCCCUACCAUCACCACAUUAAAGCCACACACACGAACGAUACAUACUUUCCAGUUCAGCCCUCAUGAUGCGAACGCGCUCUAUUCAGCAUCGUACGAUUCGACGGUGCGAAAGCUAGAUCUCGCCAAAGGUGUGGCCGUGGAAGUGUAUGCGCCGGCUGAUGCCAAUGAGGACCAGCCAUUGUCUGGGCUGGAAAUUUCGAAAGAUAAUGCUAAUAUGUUGUACUUUUCUACCCUAGACGGACAGUUUGGUAUAUACGACAUGCGUACACCUUCUGAGAAGGCUGCUGGCCUGCAAUUAUUUCAACUGUCGGACAAGAAGAUAGGGGGAUUCACGUUGCAUCCUCUGCACCCACAUCUUGUAGCGACUGCAUCGUUAGACCGCACAUUGAAAAUUUGGGAUCUCCGGAAAAUCACUGGCGGAGGUGAUGGGCGCAUGCCAGCUCUACUCGGCGAACAUGAGAGCAGGUUGUCAGUCUCACAUGCUGCGUGGAACUCGGUGGGUCAGGUAGCGACCGCCUCGUAUGAUGACACGAUCAAGAUCCACGACUUUGGAAAUUGUGCCGACUGGAAAACAGCAGGCACAGCGUUGACGGAAGCCGAAAUGAAGCCAUCCGUUGUUGUACCACACAACAAUCAGACUGGGCGAUGGGUGACAAUAUUACGAGCUCAAUGGCAGCAAUUCCCUCAAGACAAUGUCCAGCGGUUCUGCAUCGGCAACAUGAACCGUUUUGUGGACAUUUACAGCGCAAAGGGAGAGCAGCUUGCGCAACUCGGGGGAGAAGGCAUAACCGCCGUCCCAGCCGUUGCAAAGUUCCAUCCAACGCUGGACUGGGUCGCAGCUGGUACUGCCACCGCAGAAUCUCCACAGGAAGAUCUCGCUGUCCUGGCAAACCUUACUAUCGAGGCAGAGUGCGCUCUACCGUAUGUCCCCACAGGAUACGAGUACGGUGUGGUGUACAACGCUGCGGGCCGGAUACCGGUAAGGGUCAUUCUCCACAUUGUAGUGGGGCCCGUCUUGACUCGCUGCCCACCAGGCACUGGAGGAGGGGGUUUGAUUGAGUUGGAUCGGCGUCUCCUCGGAGCUUCCCAUCUGAUAGUCGCAAGAUCUAGCCAUGCAGAAUCACAAUGUAGUCGACAAGCGUACCGAAGAGGUAGUAACUUUCUCGUCGUCGUGUCGUGCCACCGCUGCCCUACAGACGGGCCCAAUCCGCUACCACGGAGAGCCACAUUCACAUUUCGCUUCGUCCCUUCGUUCGACGAAAAAGAGGAGAGAAGUUUACCGGUAGUGCUCAGUCAGCUAUACGGCAAAGCGGCGAGCGCCGUAUGGAAGCAUGGUAGAACAUUCUCUCUAUUCUCCAGUCUCGGUUUCGCGGUAACCCGUCAAUGGGAAAGUAAGCCGAUAUCAUCUGGCAGCAGGAAGGAACAAAGGAAGGGGGAUGAUGUACUUCCACACUUACGACGAAAUGGUGUACCUAUCCUGAAGCAGCAUCGUGAAUUGACUAUGGAGAACUACCAUAAUUGUACCAAAAAUACGGAGGUGGCUUUCAAAAGUUCUUGCUAG